AGCUUUACAAUGGCGUAUUGGAGCGACAAUAAUGGAACAGCCCGCCGCGACGAAGAUUCUGGCCGCCGCGCUGACGGUGCUGCUGCUGCAGCUCUGCCUCUCAGCGGCAGCAGCUCAGGUUACGCCAGGCGCAGGCUCGCGCUGCCCAACCAGCUGCGGCGCCGUGCGCGUGCCGUACCCGUUCGGCAUCGGCGACGGGUGCCACUGGCCGGGGUUCAACCUCACCUGCGACCGGACGCGCGCCGGAGAGACGCGGCUGCUCGUCGGCAGCGGCCUCCAGGUCGUGGGGAUCUCCCUGGCCAACUCCACGGUGCGGGUCGUGGACAGCGCGGGCCAGGUCAAGCUCAACUUCACCGGGCCCGGAGGCCUCGACGGCAACGGCACAUGGGGUGGCGUCGCCGGCCCGUACGUGCUGUCGGAGUGGCGCAACCAGUUCGUCGUGACGGGGUGCAACGUGCAGGCCACGCUCAUCGGGGACGGCGGCGGCGGCAACGUCAUCAGCGGCUGCUCCUCCUUCUGCUCCAUCAACGACAAGUGGACCGGCGCCGUCACCAACUCGAGCUCCACCGGCGACGGCGCCACCGCGUGCUCCGGCAUCGGCUGCUGCGAGACGCCCGUCCCCAUCGGCCGCCCCUCCUACCGCGUGGAGAUCAAGUCGCUGGACUCGAGCAACGAGCACGCCGACAGGCUCCCCAUCGCGGUGCGCAUCGCCGAGAGAGGGUGGUUCGACGGCGCCUCCGCCGCGCUCCUCAACGACUCGCCCGGGUACUCGCCCUCGCGCCGGCCGGCGGUGCCCGUCGUCCUCGAGUUCGCGGUGGAUUCGAAGCCGGUGGUGCUGCCGGGAGUGGCAACGUCGGGCUGCCCCGUGGACGCGCGGAGGAGCGCGUGCCGGAGCAGCCAUGCCUCCUGCCGCAACGUCUCCGGCAACUACCGCAGCGGCUACGUGUGCCGGUGCCUGGACGGUUACCAGGGCAACCCAUACCUCGCCGGCGGAUGCCAGGACGUCGACGAGUGCACGCUGCCGGGCAUGUGCUUCGGCGAGUGCACCAACACGGCCGGAGGGCACCUCUGCCGGUGCCCGCGCGGCGCCCAUGGCGACCCGCGCAUAAGAAAUGGCUGCAUCACAUCUUCUCUAGGUUUAAGUGUCGGCAUUGGAGUUGGCAGUGGAGCAGCCCUUCUAAUCAUGGUACUUGGUGCUAUUUUGAUUACCCGAAAGAUGAAGCAACGGAGGGCAAAAAUGCUCAAGAAGAGAUUCUUCAAGCAAAAUCGAGGGCAUCUGUUGCAGCAAUUGGUGUCUCAGAAGGCGGACAUCGCCGAGAGGAUGAUCAUCCCCUUGGUGGAGCUACAAAAGGCCACAAACAAUUUCGACAAAGCUCGCGAGAUCGGUGGAGGAGGGCAUGGCACGGUAUACAAAGGGAUCAUGUCAGACCUGCACGUCGUGGCGAUCAAGAAGUCCAAGGUCGCGAUCCAGAGGGAGAUCGACGAGUUCAUAAAUGAGGUAGCCAUCCUCUCGCAGAUCAACCAUCGAAACGUGGUGAAGCUCUUUGGGUGUUGCCUUGAGACGGAGGUGCCUUUGCUGGUGUACGAGUUCAUCUCCAAUGGGACCCUUUACCAUCAUCUUCAUGUCCAAGAACCCGCGCCAUCCCUGACAUGGGAAUAUCGGGUAAGGAUCGCAACCGAAACUGCGAGAGCUCUCGCCUACCUUCACUCGGCCGUGUCGUUCCCUAUAGUCCACAGGGAUAUCAAGUCCCAAAACAUUCUGUUAGAUGGCACUCUCGUAGCAAAGGUGUCAGACUUUGGAGCUUCGAGGUGCAUUCCGGUCGAUCAAACAGAGACUGCAACCGCUAUCCAAGGGACAUUUGGGUACCUAGAUCCCUUGUACUUCUACACGGGACAGCUCACCGAGAAGAGCGACGUUUACAGCUUCGGUGUCCUCCUCAUGGAGCUUUUGACAAGGAAAAAACCAUGCUCAUAUCGGUCAUCCAAGGAGGAAACCCUUGUCUCAUAUUUCACCUCUUCGCUAGCAGCAGGCAAGCUGGUUCACGUGCUAGAUCCUCAGGUCGUUGAAGAAGGCGGUAAGGAGGUUGAAGAGGUGGCUGUGCUGGCGGUGGCAUGCGUGAGGAUUGAAGGAGACCACCGGCCAACCAUGAGGCAAGUGGAGUUGACACUUGAGAGCCUUGGGGCCUCACAUUAUAGCUUUGUGAUGCCUGACAUGGAUGUGCCCAAGUAUCCAGUGAUUGAGGGUACAAACAUGGAGGAAACGAGCCGGCAGUAUAGCUUGGAAGCAGAGUACUUGUUGUCAUCAAGGUAUCCUCGGUAGUGAAUAAAAUUCUUGUGUGAUCAGUUUAA